AUGAUAUCCUUAUAUACAUUCCUAUCCCUGGUAGUGGCUCUCACAGUGCUAGUGAGCGCCUACGAUGAUCCACUCGUCCAGCUGAACUAUGGCAACUUCCAGGGCACAUACGAUGCCACCUACAACCUGUCCUAUUUCCGCAAGAUCCCCUUUGCUGCACCACCGACAGGUGAAAACCGGUUCCGAGCACCUCAGCCACCGCACAAGAUCAACGAAAGCGUCUACGACACAGACCAAACAUUCGACAUGUGCGCCCAGCGCACCGUCAACGGAUCCGAAGAUUGUCUAUACCUUGGACUAUACUCACGUCCAUGGGACCAAUCGGAAGAAACAAAACGACCCGUUCUUGUCGUUUUCUACGGCGGUGCAUUCAUCGAAGGUGACGCAGCAUUCGGCAUGCCACCAAAUUCCUACCCAGUCCUCAACGUGAGCACUCUGAACGACUACGUCGUCAUCUACCCCAACUACCGUCUCAAUGCAUUCGGCUUCCUACCCGGGAAAGCAAUCAAAGAGUCCCCUACCACCGAUUUGAACCCAGGCCUACUCGACCAGCAAUACGUGUUGAAAUGGGUGCAAACCAACAUUGCGCAGUUUGGAGGAAACCCGAACAACGUCACUAUAUGGGGUCAGUCUGCUGGAGGGGGUUCAGUAGUUGCGCAAGUCCUAGCCAACGGUCGUAACGGACAACCGAAGCUAUUCCAAAAGGCGCUCGCUAGCUCGCCCUUUUGGCCAAAGUCAUACCAAUAUGAUGCGCCUCAAGCUGAAGCGAUUUAUGACCAGCUUGUUAAUUUGACUGGAUGUUCGGGCUACAAUCGCGAUAGUGACACACUGUCUUGUUUGAAAUCAAUUGACGUGCAGGCUAUCCGGGAUGCAAGCCUUAUUAUUGAUGAUGAUAACACAUAUACCACAAGCUCAUAUACAUGGGCCCCUGUUAUUGAUGGUGUGUUUUUGGCUGAUACGUUGACUCAUGCAGUGGAUAGCGGGACUCUGGAUACGGAAUACGUCUGGGGAAUGUAUAACACGCACGAGGGACAGAACUUCAUUCCUCCAGGAUUGGAAGAUUCGGGAACCACGAGUGGAUACAAUUCUUCUGCUGCGAGCUUUCAUCGAUGGUUGACUGGGUUUUUGCCUGGGUUGUCGACGAAGCAGAUCGAUCUCGUUGAGAAUACUUAUUAUCCUGUGGAUGGGAGUUCAGAAACAAUCACCGAGUAUAAUACGACAUACAUCCGUGCUGGGCUGAUCUACCGUGAUGUGGUGCUUUCUUGUCCUGCUUAUUGGGUUGCUUCAGCAGCGCCUGCACGUGGCUAUGUUGGCGAAUACUCAAUUCCGCCAGCUACUCAUGGGAGUGACACGAUCUAUUGGGACACUGUCAACUCUGUUCAAGAAACAAACCGUAUUGUCUACGAGGGGUAUGCUGGUGCAUUCGCUAGCUUCUUCCAGACAGGUGACCCAAACGCUCACAAGUUGACCAAUUCAUCUGAGCCUGGUGUUCCAGAGCUGCAGAACACCGGGAAAGAAUUUGUGAUUGUGGAUGAAGGAUUUGAGAAUGUUCAAUUGGUACAGUUGAAGAAAAGAUGCGCUUUUUGGUUAAGCAUAGGGAAAGAUAUUCCCAUCUGA